AUUUGACUGUCGAUUGGUUAAGACUAUUAGGUCACGUGAUUUUAUUGUCCCUGUUUGUACGUCUCUUCCUGUUGUUUCUGACAAUCUGUUAAAUUAACGCUGAUAGCACACAUUAGACAAGUGUUCAGAACAGAAACAACAUGUCAAAGUCAGGUUAUCCAAGGCAGCAAACGGCACCAAACCCAUAUUUACCGAGCGGAUACCCGGCCCAGCCUCCUCCGUACACCCCACCUGCAGGAUACGGCCAGCCGAUGUACCAGCCAUCACACCCCGCAUACAUGUAUGGCAUACCAGGUCCCAAGCAGAGUCAACCACCUCCGUACACAAAUGCCCAACCUGCUGCCCAGUCUAUGCCCAUGGCUCCCCCAGCAGCACCGCUGCCAACCAAUGUACCGGGUGCCUACCCACAAGCUCAAUACCAACAGUUUCAACCUCCGGUAGUGAUGGCAGGAAACAUCUACGACUCGGGAGCACGAUUCGAUGGAGUAGCCCAACCCUCCAUACCGCCUCCGCCCCCCGGGUAUGCUCCAUCCGGUGCUCAGAUGGCUGCAAUGCAUGGAAAUGCAGUUGUUGGAACGCAGCAGCAAGCCGGUUGGUUAACCGGAGGAUCUGGGGGAGGAAUGACGCUUUGGUGAAAAGUGAUCGACUCCCAUCAAUCGUCUUGUGGGAGGAGCUACAGUUUGAACAGUGAUCAGUUCCCAUCAAUCAUCUUGUGGGAGGAGUGACAUUUUGACCAAUGAUAAAGCUCCAUCAAUUAUCUUGUGGGAGGAGUAACAUUUUCGUUAAUUUCCAUUGGUCUCUGGGAUGAACAACAUAUUUUAUGAUGAUGAUGACUCGUGCAGAGGUAGAUGCAUUGGGGAGGAAGACACUUUUUUUUUUUUUUUUUUAAUGUAUAAAUAAGAAUGGUGUUGUUUUUCUCAUGAUAGGUAAUUUAAUUCUUCUGUGAAGGUGUACCUGAUAUGAAUUAUAAUAAUUUCUUAAAGUCUUAAAGAUUACACAGGUAAUUUGAAAAUAAUCUCUUGCAUGCUUUCUUAAUUAUAUUGUUAUUGUUACUGGUAGUUGUUAGGAGUGGUUUUGGUUUGAAUUUAGUUUAUAUCUUUUUAUGUAUAUAAAUAUAUUUUUCACAUACAGUGAAACCCCUCAACACUGGAAUGAUCUCAAAACUGGAUGUUUUUGCACGGUUCCAUGAUUUAUGCAUCUUUUUAAUAAUAAAGUUUACCUCUCAAAACUGGAAACCUCUCUAAACUAAACAUUGGACGAAUAAUUCAGUCCCAAAAUGUUUAUUUAGUGUAAAUUAUACCAGACGAUCCGACCGUUAUCAGUCAUUAUGAUGCUACUAAUUGAUUCGUAUGUUAUUACUUCACCCAGAUUUUUCGACUGAUACUAUUUAAGCAAACUAAAUGAGUAAGCAAAUGUAAUGGCUUUGCAGUUUCGAAAAGAUGUCGGUACAAGGAACAUUUUGUUCAGAGUCGUGUUUCACUACGCAUGUUUUCAAAGAUCGCUGCACAAUUUUAAAACAUUAAACAGUAGUUGCUAAUCAAUUUUCAAUUAACUAGAAAUAUCACCAAUCAAGAUUUUGAGACAAAGGGCCAAAGGUACAGAGGCUGUUUAUCAUGUCAAUUUUUAACAAGAAGCAUCCAGCUAAACGUCGCCGCAUCGAACUAUAACUCGAAGAUAAAAAAAACUUAAAUCAUUAAAUGUAUUUAUUUACCAAAUGUUAAAAUCUAAGUGAAAAUUUCUUUAUUAAAACAUUAUCGGUUUGCUACAUCUUUGAGAAACGAGACAUAAUUAUAUAUAAUUAUAUAAGAUAGAGUACAAAUAGAAUGCUAGCAAAAACAAACAACAGAGUAUAACAGCUUUUGGAUCCAUGCAAACCUCUGAAAACCGGACAAUUUACUUGUCCCAUGGAUGUCCAGUUUAAGAGGGGUUUUGCUGUACUUGUAUUUUUCAUUUCUUCUCGUUAAUUUAACAGCUAAAUAUUUUUGUUUUCCUGACAAAAAAACAAAACAACAAACCUUGUAUAAAUGUUUAUUGUUAAUUCAUCAUAUUUUUCUUCAAGUUAAUUUUUUUUAAACUUCAAUUUUAUUUUGACAUGCCACUUUUAUAUGUAUAUUAUAAAAUAAAAAUGAUUCAUAUUGAAUACAAUUGAACAUAAUUUGAUUUGAAAUAAAUAUUUUUUUGGGUAA